AUGAGCAGUAAGAAGGCGGGGCCCACAGCGGCCUCAGGGAAGCGGCAGGCACCGCCCCCCGGGGCCCCACGCAGAGCGGCUGCCGGGCCCACCGCGGAGGACCGGGCGGCCACUGUCAUCCAGUGUGCCUUCCGGCGGCUCCUGGCGAGAAAGGAGCUGGCCCGCCGUCGGCAGGAGCACCGGGAGUACCUGGAGCAGAUGGAGAAGCUGCAGCAGGAGGCCUUCCUGGCCCUGGUGCGCCGGGAGCGGGAGGCGGAGCGGCGCCGGCAGGAGGAGGAAGCGAAGGCCGAGCAGCGACGGCAGGAGGAGCGGGGGCGGCAGGCGCGCCUGCUGGACGCGGCCUUCGACGGCAACCUGGGGGAGAUCACCGCCAUCCUGCAGGAGGUGGACGAGCUGCUGACGGACGAGGGCGUGGGCCAUGACGAGGCCGGCGCGGCGCGGCGGCGACAGCGGCGUGUGGCCCUGCUGGAGUGCGAGGACGCCCGCGGGAACACUCCCAUGUCCGAGGCAGCGGCCGGCGGGCAGCCCCAGGCCAUCAGGCUACUGGCCGAGCAGGGCGCCAGCCCCAACUGCAAGGGCGCCUUCGGCCGGACGCCGCUGUACCGAGCCGCCUUCGGGGGCCACCUGGAGGCUGUGGAGGUUCUCCUGGAGCUCGGAGCUGACCCCCGGGUGUAUGCGGACGACGGGAGCACCCCGGGGCAGGUGGCCUCGCUGGAGGCCGUGGCCAGCGUGCUGCAGUCCUGGGACCUGGGCCUCACCGAGGCCAUGCUGCGCAGCAUGGAGGCCGAGCGGCGGCGCCGGGCCCAGGAGGCCGAGCGGCACACGGAGGCGGAGGCCGAGCGCCUGAACCUCAAAGUGCGGCAGCUGGCUAGGGAGCAGCAGCAGUGCCACCAGCAGCUGCAGCAGGCCUACUGCGAGCUCAGCCGGAGGGUCGCCGAGCACGACAGGUGUGAGCGGACGCGCGCGGGCAGGGCCGAGCUCACGCUGCAGGCCAUCAAAGACGCGGAGGCCCGAGUGGAGAGGCUGCGGCAGGACACCCAGAAGGCCGAGGAGACGCUGGCGGUGGCCCGUUUGGAGCUGCGGGAGCAGACGCAGAGGGGCGAGGAGGAGCCGCCCGGGCUGAGGUGCCAGGUCGCUGAGCUGCACGACGUACUGAUGAAGGACGUGGGCGACCGCAUCCGCGCCGACGGCCGGUGGCCUCUUGUCAUCGACCCUUCAGGCCAGGCGGCCACCUUCCUGCGCUAUCAGGACACCAACUACGUGGAUACCGUGAACCCAGACCAGCUGCAGCCAGAGCGGGUCCGGCUGGCGCUGCUGGGAGCGCUCAGGUACGGGAAGCCGCUGGUGUUCGACCUGCGGGAGGUGGACCUGUUCCCCGCGGUGCAGCGGCAGCUGGACGUGGUGCAGCCGGGCCUGGCGCAGGAGCUGCUGAGCCGCCGGCUGCUGCAGCAGGACCGCUACCUGUCUCUGCUCCGGCCCACCGACGGGCCCGAGUACGACCCCACCCAGUUCCAGGAGGCGCGCCUGCAGCAGUUCCGCCUCUUCUUCGUCACCAAGGUCCGGUGGCCCCCGGCUGAGCAGCUGCAGGCCCUGCUGCCGGUGCAGGUGCAGGUGCAGCUGCCCAGCGGAGGCCUGCAGUGCCCGCAUCAAUAA